AUGUCCUUUGAGUGCCAGCAGUACGGCAAGCGUUUCAGCCAAGCAGGACACCUAAGGACUCAUGAAAGAGUCCACACUAGGGAAAAGCCUUUUGAAUGUAAACAGUGUGGCAAGUGUUUUAGUCAAUCAGGACACUUAAGUCGUCAUAAGAGAGUUCAUACUGGCGAAAAGCCUUUUGAAUGUAAACAGUGUGGCAAGAGUUUUAGUCAAGCAGGAGACCUAAGGAGUCAUGGAAGAGUUCACACUGGGGAAAAGCCUUACGAAUGUAAACAAUGUGGCAAAUGUUUUAGUCAAGCAGGAAGCCUAAAGACUCAUGGACGAGUUCACAAUGGUGAAAAGCCUUAUGAAUGUAAACAAUGUGGCAAAUGUUUUAGUCAAGCAGGAAGCCUAAAGAUUCAUGGAAGAGCUCACACUGGGGAAAAGCCUCACGAGUGCAAACAGUGUGGCAAGUGUUUUAAUGAUUUAGGAAACCUAAAGAGACAUGGAAGAGUUCACACUGGACAAAAGCCUUAUGAAUGUAAACAGUGUGGCAAAUGGUUUAGCCAAGCAAGAAGCCUAAAGAUUCAUGAAAGAGUUCAUACUGGAGAAAAGCCUUAUGAAUGUAAACAGUGUGGCAAAUGUUUUAGUCACAGAGGGAGCCUAAAGAUUCACGAAAGAGUUCACACUGGGGAAAAGCCUUACGAAUGUAAACACUGUGGCAAGUGUUUUAACCAACCAACUAACCUGAGGAAGCAUGAAAGAAUCCACACUCUAUUAAAGUCGCGUAAAUUUUCCAAGAAGAACAAAAGUCUGUCUAAACGUUUGGAAUCAUGUAAACAGAGGAGAACAGGAGGUAAAAGCGUUGAUUUUAGGGCCAUAGGCUUUACAAACAACCUGCGAACACACAGAGAGACUGGAAACAGUGGUGUGGCAGACCCGCAAUCACUCGUCAUUGAGAAACACAGCUGUUGGAUGUGUCAAGAGGAAAUGAGUAGUUAGGCUCUUCUUCUUCAACACUAUGAACAUCAUAUGACCUAUGUUUGUGAAGACGAUUCAUAAAGUUAAAAUGCGUUUCAGUUCUUGUAAGUUUUUCUACUUUUGGUUUCUUUCGGUUCUUUGACAACAUUUUGUGGUUUCAACUAUAAACGUUUGGUUUUGUUUAAAGCUUGUUACUUUCAUACCUGCGAUUCAUUUCAUGUCUACGUUUAUCAGGUACUAUAUGUAUGAACGAUGAAAGAACAGCUAAUUCUGUGUUAGUUAUCAACAAAAAUACCCAGGUUUUAGCCUCACUUACAGCGGAUUAUAAGUGGUUUGUCUUCUUCAUACCAUUUACGGUAAUUGAUAUAAUAACUGAAGAGUUUCUGAAAUCGCAGCUGUGAGAACUUUGAUAAUAAAAACAGCACUAUAGCAUAUGGACGAAAAUGAAAAAAGCAUUCCUUAAGCAAUAUUAAUCCAUGAUUCGUCAAGCGAGAAGUCAUAACUGCAUGCCUAUGGAGAAUUUCCAUCGGUAUUUAAUUUAACAAAUUGGCAAUUUUUGUAUGGUCUGUACUCUUAAAGUUAUCGAUCAUGAGAAUGACGUCAAGGUGUUCAAAACGCUAGUGGAGCCACCAGCAGUGACGAGAAGUUUCACGGCAAGGUUUUGAACAUUUUGAUUUCAUUUCUCUGAAAAAUUGUUCUCGUUUUGUGUGGGUUUGUUUGUUUUUUUUUACAAUAACAUGGACAGUUUUUGACGUCCAUUUUCUUGGAAGUUUCUCGGAAAUUGGCGCGCGCAAGAAAGAGAAAAACAAAACGCGCCACCAUCACGCCAUUUCAGUUUGCCCCUCUUGCAAACAGCUCAACUGAACCAUGGAUAACAGAAGAAGAAAAUAGAAGUGCAGCUUCUAUUUUUCUUUUGGAGCAGUGUUUUGCACUUCUAUUUUUCUUUGGGAGCAGUGUUUAUGUUUAUUUCAGAGGUGAUUUACAGUAUUCCCUAUCCAUAUCAUUAACACUACAAUACAAAAACAAAGUUUUAAAACUUUGUUUUAUCCUAAAAAUAGGUCAGUAUUUGUAUAGGUAAUAGCAUGAUUUGUUUUUUUUAGUGAUAUUUGGCAUAAAUACCACGGGUGAUAUUUCGAAAUUGUUAUACGUAAUUACGAGUACGAGCCGUUAGGCGAGUGAAAUUUGAGACAAAAAUCACGAGUGGUAUUUAUGCCAAAUAUCACGUACAAAUCAUGCUAUUAUUUGCUUUUACUACCACCCGCAAUGGUUUUGUAAUUCACACUUGUAGGUAUUUCAAAUUAAGCUGAAAUACUACUGGUCUAAGCCAAUCAAAUUGCAGUAAUUUCUUAUGUAGUAGUAUAAUAGUAGUUAACAAUGGACCGUUUUCAAGAGAUGAUAAUAGGACCUGUCCUAUUAUGGCUCUUGCCGUUUUACAUUAAACAUUUUUAAAAGCGUCGCAGUUCGCUUUUUCAAAGACCUGACUGAAAAGUACCUUGGGUCUUUGUACAUUUAUGAGCAUUUAUACCUGAAAUAACAAAACAACUUGCUUCACUAUGAAAAUAGGCCAUUUGCACGAUGGCGUUAUUUUACUACUACGACCAGAAUCCUUUUUAACUCGUGGGUACGCGCGAGCGUAUCACGAGUUAUUGCAGGGACAGAGAUAUGCAAAUGAGUCACUCGCUCACUCGAAUUAGACGCACUUCGUAAUUAAUCGGGUCCGAACUAGCCUCCCACGCAGGCAUUUUUAGGGGAGCUCGUAUUUCUUCCCUCCCCACAAACGCCUGCUCAACGGAAAACAACAUUCCUUUCCCAGGCUUAGCCAAUCACAUUGUACUUUCCAAAUACUGGAAAGUUGACCUUGACCGCAAGGUAAUCUGAUAAUUACUCGAUCUGCAUUAAACACUGCGAAAGCUUUCUGACCUGCAAUAAAUGUUAGAUUCAGAGCGACAAAAAUAAGAUUUAGUCAAAAUUCAGAAUACUCCGUGCACUGCAUAACCUUAGCGAAGGAAAGAAAAGAAGGAAAACGGUAACUCUAGAGUCACGUUCAGUCGUGUUUAGCCUGUCAACACUUUAUUGCACAAUUGUUGAUUGGUCACUUACAACGCAAAUAAAACAAUGAGAAAGGAAUGUUGUUUUCCGUUGAGCAGGCGUUUGUGGGGAGGGAAGAAAUACGAGCUCCCCUAAAAAUGCCUGCGUGGGAGGCUAGGUCCGAACUCGAGAGCGCGAAGAUCUAUCGUUUCCAAAGAAGCACGCGCUCGCCGAAGUUCGGUAGCAUCAAAUUCCUCGCUGAGGGUGUGCAUCGUGCGCUACAGCACGGUUAGCAUAUAGGUCUUACCAAAUUUAAGACACGCAGGAAUCUUUCAAAUUAGUGCGAUUCAAAAGCCUUUGACCCGUCCAGGCGUUAAACUGGACGAGAAGAUGAGCAUUUGCUCUUCGACUCCUUCAACUUCGUCGCUGGCUUGAUCUCCUACCUUGUAGUAGUGUAGUAGGUUAUGUGUCUGAAUGAAUUUAUGGCGGUCAGUAUAAAACACGGACUGCAGACUACGGACUGCGGACUGGGUAUAAAAUAUGGACUGGUGAAAUGUAUGGUAAAUAAAGGCACUUCUUCUUCUUCUUCUUCUUCUUCUUAAGGACUCCCCAAUAUAACGGGGGGAAAUGGAUAUGUGUUUGAGCAUUAUCUUUAAAAUAACAGCGGAAAUCGAGAUAAGAAAACAUAAGCUAAUGUUUUGCGUCCUCCUUCGCGGAGGAGUUGUGUCGGCUUUGUAUCGCUUAUGUUCUUUCAUUGCCAUGAAAUGCGUUUACAUUGUUUUUUACUGUCAGUAAAUUAGCCUUAAUUUCAUCCGAUUGCUUCGAGUCGUUUUUUCAAUCGGUUAAGUAUGGCUCGAUCGUUUGCCCCGGUCGUUUGCCGGCGGAAGUUCCAUGGAAAAGGCAUUAAACUUGAGACUUUUCGUCAAAUCAUGUGACCAUCCUCAAUGGCGUAGUAGCUAUGUGACGUCGGGUCAACCCGAAGGUACUUGGUUCAAAUUCUGCUAAAGACCUUAUUUUUCCCUUCUUCCUUUUUUGAGCUAUUUUGAAAAAAUAGCUCAUAUGUUAGCCUGCGAAAACAUCCGUUUCUCCUCGCUCUUCGCCGCCGGGGACGUUUCGCGAGCAGGAACGUCUGCGACUCAGCGGCAGAAAUUCCAUACUGAUGACGCGAACCAAUGUUUACAUAAUAAAUCCAGUAGUCAUGGGGAUCCAAAUACAAAUUUGUCCAAUUUUACCUGUGUUCUGGUCGAUUUUGGUAAAGUGUUGUGUUCAUCUGCGAACGAGCUCAACAAAACUCAAAUGCUUCUUCAAGAGAAGACUAUAUUCCACAAAUAUUGACUGUUUAGUUAGAGAUUCUUUGACCUUUGUGGGCUUUUGUCUUUUGUCUUUCAUUUGUAAACAAGAGCUAAAACAAUGUAACUGCUCCGUCGACCAAUCAGCGCUUCUGACCGGAUUCCGGACAGAUUUACGUCAUCAGUAUGGAAUUUCUGUCGCUGAGUCGCAGACGUUCCUCCGCGCGAAACGUCCCCAUCGGCGAAGAGCGAGGAGAAACGGAUGUUUUCGCAGGCUACUCAUAUGUCAGUGGUGUGAGCGUAUGUAUCUUUGUGGCUUUGUAUCUUUGUAUGUUGGGAUGUUUGUUGCAAGAGCCAAUAAGGUUGAAGAUACUAUGAGUUGAUGCUUAGGAACUAAUGAGAUCUUGGCAUCUAUUUAAACAUGGCAUUGGUAAAGGUCGAACAAGGGCACUUUGAGACCUAGCCUCCCCGCAGACGUCCGUUGGGGUUCGGUUGUCACGCAUUCAUUUGGGAGAAAUGAAUGCGUGACAACCGAACCCCAACGGACGUCUGCGGGGAGGCUAUUUGAGACCGCCAUCUUGAUCCUUCACAAUUUUUUCGUCUUUUAUUACGGGUACAGGUGUUUGGAAGCAUUACAUAAAAUAUCUUCGUGAUUCAAACGCUGUGAACAGUGAUGCAGCUGUUUAAGGGUUCAUAUUUUAGUGUGGAUGCUGCUUCAAGACAUUUGUGACCGAUUCGGCUAUCGCGAACGGUACCACGCACGUAUUUAUGAGUUGUGUUUCACCCGCUUCAAGGUAGAGUAUAAAAGAUCAUAUAUUUUCAAAGCUCUUCCAGUGAAGCAAUAAUUGAUAUAUUUUCGAUAUGGACUUUAAUUUGAAAGUAUGCGAACGGCUUGGAAACUAAAAUUUGAUAGCAUUUUGUUUUGAAUAAGGGUAUGGGCAUGAUUUUCAGUUGAACAUGCCUAGCGAACGUAAAAAUCGCAUCCAGUCUGAGGAUAAAUGAGAGAGGGAAAAUUUUAUACAUUUAGGCAUGACAAAAUUCAAAGGAACAUUAGUACUUAGAAAUAACAUCUCACAGGCAUGGAAAAAAUGGGUUCAUGCCCUCGCAGCCCAAAAUUGACCCAGCUAAACUUAGGUCCCAGAUCUCUCGCCGGGUUGAUAAUUCAUUCCCAGUUUUUGCUCCUCUGGUUUGGCAUGCCGGGCAUGCCGAUGGUGAAGCCACUUGGUUGGCAUGCCCGGCAUGCCAGGCAAGAAAUUGGCAUGCCCAACGAGACUGAUUUUGAUUUUCGCUUCAGCAUCAUAUCCUGCGAAUCACAUAUAAUCGCCAAAUAUAUCUUAAGGAGCUUGAAGUUACAGGUUUCAUGCCUGGCAAUAAAUGCAGAUUAUGACAAAAAAAGUCAUGUUUGUCACGUGUGUCACGAGAUCGACUGGCAAAACUGAAGACAGAAGCCUGGAUUUAUAAAUAAAAAGCACAACAAAACAACAUUAUUCAUGCAUAAAAUAGAAUACUUGACUUGCAAUCAAAGAUUAAUCCUUUUAUUUCAGACCGAUACUGACAUUUCUGGGUCCAGAUUUAAAUUUGAUCGCGGAAAAGCGUCUUAAACCAUAAGAUAACAAAUCUUCUCAGUAUAAACUUAUCCAUGCUUAAGUUUUAUCGCGUCGGAAUGUUUCCCGGUCAACAGCCUUAAAAGACUGGUGAAAAUGAAGCUUACCAGGUCGUUCAAGUCAGAACGAGAGUACGACGUUAAUACUGCAAAGACGUUCUGAUUUGGUGAAUUUGGACUGCCUUCUCAGAGGGAUUUUGCUUAGUUUUUCAGUGCGCUCCUUGUCGGCUAUGCGAAUCUCGCAAACUGUUUUACUCCUUGCUGACGAUAAUCCUUUGAGCAACGUCAUCACGCUUCGCGUGUCAAUGCAAAGUUGUAAACAACUCAAUAUAAGCAGUCUGUGAAUGUUCGUUUAGGUCCACAAAACUAAUUUUUCUUUUGGACAUCUCAUCCAAGCAAAGACUUAAGGCUUACAUUGCUUGUCUACGAGUGUACUACAAAAUGCUUUGCUACAGUAAGCCUCUGAGGGGCGAUUCUGGUAAAUUUAUAGGACGCUAAAAUGCAAAUAAUUGUAAGCUUAAACAACCUGGCUGGGUCCGACUUUUGAAUUACAAAAUGUUCACGUUUGCCGGCUCUACUUUAAAUGAACAUGGUUUUUGAAAUGAUUUUGUACUAUUUUAACCCGAAAAUUAUGAUUGGGUUAUAAAGCUUUUAAACGGACGAAAACUAAGCUAAUAAACAUGUUCAAUGUAAAAAACUAAGAUUUAGUCGCUUUUUCAACUUUGCUUUGUGGGCCGAAAAAUUUACCUUUACGCAAAAACAAAAGCAAACAAUGAGGCUUUUAUUCGACAUAUUUUCUGAGAAUUUUAUCUGAUUAAAUUUAAUGUCACUAGCAUUGUUUUCGUAUAGGAAUUUUCCUAAUUAUAUGAGCUUUUAAUUUAAUAAUUUUGAUACUCUAUAAACUUCUCAUUUGAUAGCCUCACUUUUUUAUACACCGAUUGAGAAACAAAUUAGCUCUCGUUAAAUCCUAUUUUAUGACCUAUUUAUUAGAACUCUAGGUAAAAUACGAAAUGAUGUAACCGGACAGGCUUUAACCUUUGGUCCUAAUUUAUUUUUUCUUCGCAACCCCUAAUCAGUUGACGGGCCGUGAGAGAAUAUCGCCACAAAAAGAUACGAAAAAGUUUUCGCUGAGUUUCUUUUACAUAUUCCGGCUUUAUAUGGGUCUACACCUUGCCUGCUUAAAAAUGAAACUGUUGUUCAAUUAAGUGUCAGUCAAACUCGGUAUGAUCUUUACUUGCAAAUCCAAAUGCAAAGGUUUAUUUCGCAGUAGAAAAGCGUGUAAACAUCAUCGAACAACGCAAUAAAUUGGCUAAUGUGAAACCCCGUUUCUUUCUUUUUAUUUACCAUGUAUUUAUCUCAAUUGCACACUCUUGUGAAAUUAGCCUCAGACAAUUAGUUGCGACCUUUAACAGACUCAACAAGCCAGUAUGAAAAUAUGUUAAGAGAAGCUGAGCUCUACAUGUUCUAUUUCUUUUUCUCAUAUUGCCCUUGCUUGUGUUAACAUUCCAUUUCUUUUUUGUUACAGGUAACUUCCAGACAUGACUAGGAGAUAAUUACUUUUCUAGAGAGCAAUUCUUUGAUACUGUCAGUUAUUACUGACUUACUUUGAGUUAAAGACAAAGAACACAGACACUGGUAAUGACACAAAAACAUUAAUCUCUGGCAAGCCUACAAAACAAGAGAGAGGAACUCAGACUCCUUAUCAAAAUGUGAAACAAGAUAAAAACAGCUUUUCUAACGUAGGGAAAAUUGCGUUAGAGAGAUUUGUAAUUGCAACGUUAUAUUCAAGCACAUUGCAUUGUCCAAUGUCAUAAUUUACUGAAUAAUGAACAGAGAUUUUGGGGCUUAGCUCAGUUUGUAAUGAACUUUGAAAGAUAUUCUAUAACCUUGUAUUUUUAAAAGCUUUCAUGGAACAUAGAUGCAUUUUAUUAUACAAUGAAAAUAGUCUCUGUCUCUCUUUUUACUGAUUUCAGUCAAUUCCAUUUUAUUCGCAAUGUGAAGUGGGAAUCCUAUUAAAGACUCAUUAAAAGGGGUGAGGAGUUUUUAGCAUCCCCCAACAGGUCAUCUCUACGAUGACGCUGUUUUAGUACUUCGGCAGAAUCCCUCAGGGUUUUACUUUCUUGUGAAAAUUAGAGCUUUUGUUAUUUAAACUUCGCUGGGACAACCAAAUCUAUGAAAAUGAAAGGAAUAGCAAUGACGUCAUCAAAAGAUAAGCACUGUGAUCUGUUUAGUUUUUUUUUUUUUAGCCACGCUUAAAAUAUCUGUAGAUUCAAGGAAUUAUAACCUGUGCGUUGAGAGCGUGCCAGAGACCGAUUUUGGCAUGCCCGGCAUGACCCAGAUUAUGGCACGCCCGGCAUUCCAGAGAAUUUAGCAUGCCGGGCAUGUCAGAAAAUUUGGCAUGCCCGGCAUGCCGGAGAUUUUGCUGGGUAUGAAUUACUUAUUACUAGAACCUAGGCUUCUCGCGGCCUGGGUGAGAAGGUCACAGAACCUCAAAUUAUGCUUACAGGACAUGCGAAAUUCUGUUGCAUGCCAAUUUCAAUGCAAAACCACUCUGGGGCCACCCCCUCUACUACCAGUGAGCAAAUCAUUGACGAUAGGCAUGCGAAAAAUCCUUGCAUGCUUACCAACAUUGAAAACGUAGCAGAAAUGUCCUCAAUUGCUGAGUCAUGCCCUAGGGGAGGCUUUAAAAUACCGAAUUUCCUGACAUUGAUGAGGGAAUUUUCCUUAAACAGCAUGUGAUCAUGCCGGCUAGGACGUAUUGCCUCCGUAUUGCCCCUUUUUACAGCUAGCUAGGCUCAUUUUUAGGUUCCAUGGCCUGAAAUGACGAAAAAUUCAUGCCCUAAAUGUAAAAAGUCCAAAAACGUCCUCGAAAGUUUAGUUUCCAAACCGUUUGCGGCCUUUAAAAUGUGGUUUUACAAGUUUGAAAGGCAGCUUAUUUUUUUUAAAGCUGUACCGAGUAUUGUUAAUUCUGUAAACAAGCUUUUAAAUUACUUUUCUCUCGCGUACAAAGUUCAACAGACCCUUUUUUUUCGUUCCGGCAAAACAAAAAAAUAAUAACAAGUGAACAACAUGAUACAUCCUUUCUGCAAACUAAGCAUUACAGUUAUUGAAACGUAUUUUACUUAGUAAAGAUGAGUAACUUAAGUAGAAACAAUAGCGUUAGGGAGUAACAUAGGCACGUUAAACGUGCAUGAGCUAUUUUGAAUGCUUUAGUGUAACUAUAAUACUUCGGUGUAACCUUACCAAGAGUGAUGAUUUGGUUUUUGUGCGAAAUUGGGUAUUGCGCUACAUAAAUGAAAACGCGAAACGCUCAGCUGAGUCGAUCCUCAACCUAUAUAUUCACUUUCCUCUGUCUUUCCCUGUUACAUCUGGUGCAAGUUAAACAAAUUGUUAAAGUAAAAUAAAUUUCUACUCACCAAACGUUGAUUAGAAGGAAAACUCCAAGGUUUCCUCGGAGUUUCUUAAGCCCAAAUGUGACUCAUCGAAUACUGAAUAGUUACGAAAUACCAGGGUUUUUAUCAUUGUGGUAGAUGGUUGCAUCAUCAUAAUUCACGAAGUUGUCACGUGCGAUUCUACUCAGUGAAACAGUCUUUCACUUCGACAACUUAUUUCUUCAUGUUUUGAAAGCUUUUGCUUCUUAAAAGACAAGAGCCUUUUUAAGGCAUUGGUUACAAAACCAAACAGGUCUUCAUACGUCCAAGUUACUAUUUAUCAUUGUGAAAAGCCAAUCUACAUGAGAUGUACAGUCACACAGCUGGCACGUGAAGGUGUUGGACUUUGCCCCCUUUCGUGGUUCGUACGUGAUGGAAUUCGAGUUAUCACACAGUGAACUAGUGAACAGAAUUAUAAAAAUAACUCUUGCACACAAUUUGCACGUGAAGAUGUUGGUCUUUGACCCUUCUACAAUUCGUACGUAAAAAAAAGGCAAAUUGUUUACUACAAAAUUUUCUCAAGCGAUUUUAAGAAAUCACCUCGGCUUCAUUACAACAUCUGCAAUUAAAUUAUGUUUCAUGCAACGUCAAGGUUGAUACUUAACAUUUAUUAAAAUUUGUGAGACACUCUUUAACUCCGACAACUUAUUUCUUUAUGUUUUAAAAGCUAUUGCUUCUUAAAAGACAAGAGCCUUUUUUAGGGCAUUGGUUACUAAACGAAACAGGUCUUCAAACGUCAGAGUUACUAUUAUUAUUGUGAAAAGCCAAUCUGCAUGAGAUGUACAGUCACACAGCUGGCACGUGAAGGUGUUGGACUUUGCCCCCUUUCGUGGUUCGUACGUGAGGGUAUUCGAGCUAUCACACAGUAAUCUAGUAAACAGAAUUAUAAAAAUAACUCAUGCACACAAUUUGCAUGUGAAGAUGUUGGUCUUUCCGUCGGUGGGACCUAGUUUGUAGGCCCCGCGUUCCUAGCGAAGACCGUGGAAACUGGGUAUAAGAAUCGUGACGACUUUCAUGGUAUGGAAAUGAGUCUUGUGAUGAGAAUGCGGUUUUUUUUCGGCGAUGACUGAAAUGACGCAUGUAAGUUUGGCAAUGACGUAAUUUUCCUCGAAUGGAGGCCCUUGAUUUUCGUGUAAUUAUGCACGACAUGCAGGCACAUCCCCAAGCAGAAUGAGAAAAUAUUAUAGCGGCGAAAUCCUUAGGAUUUUGUGGCUUUUUAAGGCGUUACGUUUCUCAGAAUAUUGUCGCAAUUACAGGAAAUGUAUGGUUAAAUAGAUUCACUUUGAAUUAUGUAUUUAAUUGAUAGGUUCGCAAAUAAAAUAAAGGCAAUGUAUGAAAGGCUGCACGUACAAUUAUGUAAGCGUAAAAGUAGAAACUCGCUUAAUUUGACGUUUAAUCUCAAUACUUUAUGUCUUACCUCUAUUUGAUAUACGUGAUUAAAAUUUACGUGCGUUAACGUGCAGAGCCAAAAACGCAUCAGUGGAAAUCCACCCUAACGUGUCACGGAUGUGUUUAUACGGGUAGCUUUGAACUUGACUAGCCGCACACUCUACUUGCAGCACUUCGUGUCCAUAGUUAAUAGAAAUCCCAUAUCGAGCUUUUCCGGAACGGGUUGGUCCAAGAAUUCUAUGGCUUGAAAGCGUUGAUUAUUUUGGAACAACUGAUCACUUCAGUGGUCGAAAAAAAAAAGAAUAAGCAAAACUUCAUGGUUUACUGGAAAAUCAGGAUCGAGGAUCGAGGAUCGAGGAUCGAGAAAUCAGGGAUGAAGGAUCGGUUAAAAAGAACUUGAAAAUAAAAUAAAUAAAUAAAUAAAUCGUGGAUCAGUGAUAUGUGGGCCGCAGACUGUACUGUUCGCUGUACUGAACGCGGCUAAAUUCAAGUAAACUAAUCCGAGUCUGUCUGAGUGAUUGUUUUGACAGGAAAGUGAAAUUUUCCGGGAAAUUGAAACGCUUUAUCCUGGCGAUACUGUAAUAGAAGAAAAAACUUUUAACAGUUUUAAAUUUUUAAGUGUACAUUUGCUUUCAGUACUCCUUAUUUUUCUUGUAAUUACUGGGCUGCCUGUGGGGCCAAGUCAUAAAUUCGGUUUUCGGUCGUCGGUGUCGAAAAACCGUCAUCAUGGGGAGGGAGGACACGAAGGUCUGGUACCGAGAAACGAUGUUCUCACAAUGGUUUCAUAGGAUUUUCUCUCGCACGAGCCCUUGCACGGAUACUUUUUGUACCUUGUCUCCGCUCCCCCUGAAAAACCGACAAGGCGUUGCGAACCUAAAGCUAUUUGCGUUGUUCGAAGCGAUUCGAUCAUAGGAGUCACUCUAUAAUUUUUUGUAUUGUUCGAGUUUAAGUCAGUUAGAUGAUGUUGGCACUGUGAAACCCAGAGAAAUGCUCACGUUGCAUACAAACCGACACGCCGUUGACUGUAGGUUCAUACUAAAAGACGACUGUGAGCGUCAGGUUUGGAACGCCUGGGCCGCUUCGUGAACUCAAAGAGAGAAUUAUCGAUCGAUGUAUUGUAGUACAUGAGCAAUUAAGAAGCACAAUUUAUGAGCAAAGUAUUUCACCAGUUGACGACACUAUGGCUGAAGACUUGAUUGUAAGCUGUCGUAGUCAAUGAGGCGAACAACUCAGUUGACGAUGAAUGGCAGAUGAAUCCUGAUGUUACGCACGUCCAUGAGCGAGGGACGUGACAACUUUGCCAUGUUAGAAGACUGGCUUUUCCUGUAAUAUUUCCUUCUAUUUAAUUUGGAAGUGUAAAUUUCGGAUACUGGGGAUAAAGAAGACACGGACAAAAAUAGGAACUCUGCGAAUUUCGCACACGAGUUCAAGGCUUGACUUGAGGAAAAUAGGAGCUAUUACUGACAAGGUUUGGUGACUGAGUAGAGCAUACAAGUAUAGCCCACGUUGAGGUUUCAGGGGGUUUGCUUUUGUUUGUAUCUGUAUCUUAAUGAGCUUUUAUCAUUAAAUUUGUACAUGAUCUUGUGAUCACAAUUCUGUGUUUUCGCCCAUUCAGCAAUCACGCUAUGUUGAUGUCAGCAUUAGCGAGUUCCAGAAACAUGCCUUUGAAAAUUUUCACCUCUCAUGAUGUUUCUUGAUAUUUCUUCUACCAUUUUAUGGAGAUGUAAACUGAAGUCACCGCAAAAUGGAAACUUAAAAAAGCGUAUAAUCCAUUUAUCUCGAAACAUAAUACACAUGACUUAUAUGACCUUUAUUUUCCUAAAGGUGUUUUGAAUACGAACGAACACCGUCAAUGUGAGGGGCAAAAACAACAUUAAUAUACCCAGUAAAUGAACCAUAGGAUUUUAACUAAUAUAGGGGUCAAUUAUGUGCAUUGAGAUGAAUCGCUUGAAAAGAGAGACUUCGCUUGAAGAUGUGAUCAGAAGUAAACAAAGUCACAAUAGUGCGUCACGUUCGGUCUUUUAAAUAUCCAAGGACUGUGAAUAGUCCAUAUUGUUUAGCUGGCACAAAAACUUCGGACGAGUUAUAAAGCGCCAUAGUUAUCGUCCAUGAAGAAAAGUUAGUCAUGACUGAGACAAACCAUAAACUCGAGCGAAUUUUUAACUCAUAUCGGUAUCAGGUAAAAAAUAUGUUGUCGAUCGUUUCAUCUAUUUACAUUGUUUGAAGUGCGUGCUGAUGAAAGCAACAUGCGAGCGAGAAAUCUUUAAACUUUUUUGGGUCACAAAAUGCAAAGGAUUUUAUUCCUUUAAGUUAGAGAAAAAUUCCAAGAGGAAAAUCUUAAAACUGAAUAUUUUUUAUCUUGUGGAAAAAAAAAAUGCCGGUUUUUAUGUAGACUGUAGACCGCAAAUUAGGAUUCUCUAUUUACUGCACGUUUCACAAACAUGCGAAUUCUAAAGUUCAAAAGCCAAUAAACCGACGAUUGCGUUUUUCGCUGCUGUCAAUCAUCUUAUCUUAACGGACCUCUUAGGAAACAAGACUUUACUUCACGGGUUCAAAAGGUCAUGGUUUGCGAUUUGUGGAUUUCGAUCCGUUUUGUGUUUCUCUGUUUCGAGGUUCGUCGGUUGUGAUCGUAAUUAUCAUUAACGGCAGCGAAAAACAAAAUUGUGAAGGUGGCCUUCGCAUGUUUGUGAAAAGAGCAGCAAAGUCUCAGUGCAGUCAGAGACCUCUGGAUCAGGCGGGAUCAAUGGGCAGUUGGCUGUCUGUUUUAGUAUACUUCUGGUUUAAUUUUCAUACAAUACAAUAUUUCUGUCUAGUGUAAAUCAGUUCCGUCCGUCGCACUUUAUGCUCGUAGAACGACAACAAUUUUUAGAAUUUCCGGUUACGUCAAAUUAGUCACGUUAUACUGUCACGCUAUAUUUUGGGGAACAGACGGAUUGGGGAAGGGGUGCGUGAAAAUAAUGCAAAUCGUUUCCGGCUUAGAAUUAAUGGCUAACUUGUUUAUUUUUAUUAAUAAUGGUGGAUUUUAAAAGUAAUUUUACAGCCCCCACUUAAAAAUGGUACUCUUUUUUUUUUGGUUACGAAAGUCUUUUAAAAGGGUACAAUGUUCUGAAUGAGUUUAUGUUUCAGUCUCACAUAAGAUUCUGUCGCAUGCAAUGGUCGGCGACAUGGUUUUGUAGUAGCCUGAGUGUGUAUAGCCGCCCCCUCCCCUCAGAAAAAAUAGUCCCUUUGCAGCCCAGUUAAAAAUCGCCUUUCGGCGAUUCUUGUUACUGGGCUGCCUGUGCUGCAGCCCAGUCAUAAAAUGGGCUUUCGGUCGUCUGCGGCGAAAAACGGCCUCCCGGGGGAGGGAAGACACCAGGGUCUGGUACCGAGAAACGAUGUUCUCACAAAUGGUUUCAUAUGAUUUUCUCUUGCACGAGCCCUUGCACGGAUACUUUUUGUACCUCGUCUGCGCUGCCCCUGAAAAACCCACAAAGCGUUGCGAACCUGAAGAGGGCUAUUUGCGUUUUUCGAAGCGAUUCGAUCAUGGGAGUCACUCUAUAAUUACUGGGCUGCCCGGCAAGCCCAGUCAUAAAAUGGGUUUUCGGUCCUCGGUGUCACAAAGUGGUCAUCCGGGGGAGGGAAAACACCAGGGUCUGGUACGUUGAAACGACGUUCUCACAAAUGGUUUCAUAGGGUUUUCUCUUGCAUGAACCCUUGCACGGAUACUUUUUGUACCUUGUCUGCGCUCCCCCUGAAAAACCCACAAGGCGUUGCGAACCUGAAGAAGGCUAUUUGCGUCGUUCGAAGCUAUUCGACCAUGGGAGUAACUCUAUAAUUAUCGGGGCCUAGCCGAAGGCUGGCAUCGGUCAUAAAAUGCAACGCGUUUCUGUGUUUUCAAAGUUACAUUGUUAGGGAUAUAUCGCUGACUGAGAUAUCUCGCUGGCUCGUUACGUUUGGGAGUGUUCGCUGAGAUAUCGCUGGUGCAGAAAUUUGAAGUAGGGAGCAAUAACUGUAACCAUGUAAAUAUUAAUUCGAUUAGUUUGCACACGGAAUGGUUUAAUGCGACUAUAUUUACCACUUAUCAAUAAAUGUGAUCCCUGUCUAUUGAAAAGAAUUGUUACAGUAUUCAUCCCAGCGAUGACAAAGCUUGGUCGACGUAGAACUGUGUACACUACGACAAAGCAAACUUGCAUGCGCCAAGCUUUGUUUAUGCGUUUCAAUACCUUACAAUUCGCACUCUCUACAGGAAACUUCGUCAAAUAUUUUCCGACAAACAAUUAAAACUCAUUAGGAGGAAGUAUAUCACUGCUUUGACUUAUGAAGCAACAAAACAAAAUAUUUUCAAAUAACCUUUGUCACGCAAUAUUUACGUUAGAGAGAUGCGCAAAUUCUUAACUCAGGCGUGGAUCCACACCGGUUUCCACCGUUUUACGGAAAUCGGUCAGAUUUUUCAUAAUAAAUACAUUUUUAAUAAUAAAAAACACUUUCCAUGUUGAAACCUGGGCAAUAUGCUACCUGAGUGACUCGAAAACCCUGGAAAGGGGACUUAAAGAGUUAAACACCAAAACAUUUCUUGGGAAGCCUGCCCCCCAGACCCCAUUAGAUAGUGCUUGCGCCUUCGGCCCUCGUUUAGGAAAUCGGUCAGUACUUAUUCCAGAUCCGCGCCUGUAACUGUUCAAAAUGGGGGAUUCCCUAACGUUUUGUCUUUUGACAUUAUUCAUUAGACGAUGAUGUAAAAUUUUCAUGUUUUUCUCCUUGGUAUUCUUAGCUACUUUGGAUUCUUGUUGCUAAGAAAUAUCUUAUUAUUAUGUAAUCGAUCUGAACACGUGAGAAAAACUGAGUAAAUUGACAGCCUAGGAUUGGGAGUUGACUCAUACUAAUGUUAAUUAUUGUAUUAGUUUUGGAACGGAAUGGUUAAUGCGACUAUAUUUGCUACUUAUCAAUAAAUGAGAUCCCUGUGUAUUGAAAAAUACUGUUACAGUAUUCAUCCUAACAGUGACUUAGUUUAGUCGCUGUUGAACUGUGUACACUACAACAAAACAAAAAUCUUAACUUAUUAAACUUGCAUGCGCGAAACUUUGUUUGUGCGUUUCAAUACCUUACAAUUCGCUCUCGCUUCAGGAAACCUCGUCAAAUAUAGAAAGUCUAUCACUGCUUUAACUAAUGAAAAACCAAAGAAAGACUGUUUCACAUAACCUUUGUCAAGCAAUAUUUACGUUAGCGACAUGCGAAAACUCUCAACUGUUCAAAAUGGGGGAUUCCCUAACAUUUUCUCUUUUCACAUUAUUCAUUACACCUUGUUUUCAUCUCUAAAGAAUAUUUGCAAUAAAAAAGAUUUUCAUGUUGCCCGACAAACUUGUUGAUGAAAACGACCCUUCCACGUGGGUUGCCAAGACAAAAGUGGGCACGGUAAAAUUCACGAAGUGAUUCUUGUUUUUUUAUUGUUCGAGUUUAAGUCAGUUAGAUGAUGUUGGCGCUGGGAAACUCAGAGAAAUGCUCGCGUUGCAUUCAAACCUACACGCCGUUCACGGUAGAUUCACACUAAAAGACAGAAAAGAUGACUGUGAGCGUCAGGUUUGGAACGCCGUGGCUGCUUCGUGAACUAUCGAUCGAUGUAGUACAUGAGCAAUUAAGAAGCACAAUUUAGCAGCAAAGUAUUUCACCAGUUGACGACACUAUGGCUGAAGACUUAAUUGUAAGCCGUCAUAGUCAGCGAAGCGAACAACUCAGUUGCCGAUGAGUGGCAGAUGAAUCCUGAUGUGAGGCACGUCCAUAAGCGAGGGACGUGACAACUUUGCCAUGUUAGAAGACUGGCUUUUCCUUUAAAGAUUUCCUUCUAUUUAAUGCAACACACGCCACUUUGGAGAUCUAAAUUUCGGAUACUGAGGAUAAAGAAGACACAGACAAAAAUAGGAACUCUAAGAAUUUCGCACACAAGUUUAAAGCUUCUCCGGGACAUCCCAUCCGGGAGCUUCACAGAGAGCGACUUGAGGAAAAUAGGAGCUAUUACUGACAAGGUUUGGUGACUGAGUAGAGCAUACAAGUGUAGCCCACGUCGAGAUUUCAGGGGGUUUGCUGUUGUUUGUAUCUGUAUCUUGCUAAGCUUUUGUUAUUAAAUUUGUACAAGAUCUUGUGAUCACAAUUCUGUGUUUUCGCCCAUUCAGCAAGCACGCUAUGUUGAUGUCAGCAUUAGCGAGUUUCAGAAACAUGCCUUUGAAAAUUUUGAGCUCUCGUGAUGUUUCUUGAUAUUUCUUUUACCAUUUUAUGGAGAUGUAAACUGAAGUCACCGCAAAAUGGAAACUUAAAAAAGCGUAUAAUCCAUUUACCUCGAAACAUAACACACAUGACUUAUAUGACCUUUAUUUUCCUAAAGGUGUUUUGAAUACGAACGAACACAGUCAAUGUGAGGGGCAAAAACAGCAUUAAUAUAAAUGAACCAUAGGGUUUUAACUAAUAUAAGGGUCAAUUAUUGUGCAUUGAGAUGAAUCGCUUCAAAAGAGAGACUUCGCUUGAAGAUGUGAUCCGAAGUAAACAAAGGCAUAAUAAUGCGUCACGUUCAGUCUUUUUAAUAUCCAAGGAGUCACUGUGAAUAGUGUUUCCAUAUUGUUUAGCUGGCACAAAAACCUCGGACGAGUUAUAAAGCGGCAUAGUUUCCAUGAAGAAAAGUUAGUCUUGGGUGAGACAAACAGAAGUGGAGCGAAUUUUUAACUCACAUCGGUAUCAAGUAAAAAAUGUUAUCGAUCGUUUCAUCUAUUUACAUUGUUUGAAUUGCGUGCUGGUGAACGCAACAUGCGAGCGAGAAAUCUUUAAACUUUUUUAGGUCU